AUGAAUAGGCCAGGGCCAGGACCACAACCCCUACGGGCGAUGUCAGGGUUCCCCGCACAGCAACAAGCUCAAGCUCGAAAUGCGACUUUGGCCUCAACACGCUUGCCCAACGGUAAAAUAAGUAGCGGAGCGAACUGGAAUUUCAAUAUGCCCGUCAGUGGGACACCGGGGAUACAGGGUAACCAGCAACGUAACAUCGGAACAAUGGGAACUUUUGCGCAGAGCCUCAGCGGAUCUAACCCGGGGACCCCGAUUGAUCUAUCCGACUUCCCUUCAUUAUCUGGAGCACCGUCGCAGUCGCAGGCCCAGAACCAGGCGCAUUUGGUAUGGGCGAAUGCUAGCCAGCGUGGCGUGCAACAAACCCCAGUUCAAAGACAGCAACAUCCAACCUCGCAACCCCCUUCGCGCGGCCCACAAACGCAAACUCAACUCCCACAACCACAAAACCAACCAUCGCACGAUGACUUAUUCCCGUCCGGCUCUCAGUUUGCCAACCGGUUAGACGAUUACAGAAACGGCGGCCAAGGUAUCAGCGGACAGUUGGGCGGAGGCGCACAACCGCAGCCGGGGAAUAUUGAUGAAUUCCCUCCGCUUGGCCGGAACGUCCCCGCAGAAAUCGGCCAAGACCGCAGAAGCUCACUGAUGCAAGGCGCUGGGUUCGGGGCGUUCAAUACAAACCUGCCCUUCGCGGGUGUCAACCAAAGCCAGUCAGCUCAAAGUCGAAACUUGAUGGCGAGUGCGAUUAGCGGUCAGGAACGGAUAACGUCACCAGUGGCCGCGGGGUCAACAGGAAUUUCAUCGUCACGAUCGCCAGUUAAUCAAGCAUCCAACGGUAUUCUAGGACAAGAGAAGAACGAACAAAGCGGCUCCGUGAUAACUGGCCAACAACAACCGAUACCAGCAGCACCAGGGCUGAGCCGACCAUCACAGGAUUCCGGGGCCGAACAACAACCUCUAGCUGAAAUGAGCGAGCUUGACAAAUUCGGGCUGGCAGGUCUUCUCCGGAUGAUCCAUAGUGAUAGUGCCGAUGUCGCUAGCCUCGCGGUUGGGCAAGAUCUAAUGACAUUGGGGUUAGAUCUGAAUCAACCAGAGCCACUGCACUCGACUUUCGUUUCUCCCUUUGUCGCAUCUGUGCCGGGCGUACCGUUGGAACAGGAUUUCGCUCUCCCGGGUUGCUAUAGUGUGGCAAACGUUCAACCUCUGCAGUCAAGAAUCCCCAGUUUCAGUGAUGAGACUUUAUUCUACAUCUUCUACAGUAUGCCUCGAGAUGCCAUGCAAGAAAUCGCGGCGGAAGAACUCAUGGGUCGCAAAUGGCGGUAUCACAAGAUUGAGCGAUGCUGGUUAACGCGGGAUGAAGCGUACCCUGGGCCCGUGGAUGUGGAACGAGGAGUCAGUGAACGGGGAGUCUAUCUGUUAUGGGAUCCCGCCACGUGGAAGAAAGUUAGGCGCGAGUUCAUUCUUCGCUACGAGGAUUUGGACAACCGAAUGGAUCCAAGCCGCACGCUUUCGCGAGUCGGCUUCCCGCAGCAUGGGUCAUGA